CGCUCUCAGUGCUCACUCACUAAUCUCUAGCAUUCUAGUUCGUCUUGCUCUUCUCGGCUACAACGCCAAAGGUGUCACAGGCGCUACAACAGAGUCAGCGAGAUGUCUACCUACAUUGUAUCUUCCGAUUCCCGUCGAGUCAGCCCAUCGGUCCAUGGGAACAAAUUCGACACAGCGCACCGCAAGAAGGCAGUGCCCAACAUAUUCGAAAACGUUAACCAGGACGCGGUUAUGAGGCUGUUCCAGAAAACCGGGGACAUGAAAGCUGAAGAGAGGGUGAGGAGCAUUUUCUCCUUCACUCAAGACCCAUCGGAGAUGGCCAAAGCACUGAUGGCGCUUAAACAGCGAAAGAAGGACAAGUUCCUCCAGAUCGUGGGUGUCGUGCGCCACAUGUUGAAACUUCGUUGAACGUUCUCUCUCAGCUCUGAUGAACGAGUUGAAUCAAAGUGCACUACAGUGUCGCGGUGACGGUUGGCCAGGUGAUGCCGACCUGUCACUGAGCAAGGAGAAGGAACGUCCUGGAAUGGACGUAACCUCGAUUCAAGACAACACAGUGUGACUAUUCCGUGAUGAUGCGCUUCAUGCGUUGGCCUAAUGACGGCAUGCGUGAAUUCCUUUGGAUUCGACAUGCUGGAAGGAGAAUGACGGGAAUAUUGAGGGCUGUUGUCCUGAACAAAGAAACAGGGACACACAACGCUCUCCCGGACUGUGACUACGCAUUCUAUCGAAUGUCUGACUUUCAAUUGACACCUUAUAGGUGUAUAUAUACUGGUCCAUAUGGACUGUGAUGAGAAGAGACUCGUGACUGUGCCGAAUAAUCUGCCUUAAAAUGCCUGUUCCUUGUGAAAACAUGCCUUGUCUCUAUCAUUUAUGUUUUCUGAUACUUGCCAUUUAAACUAUCUGAUACCUGUUUAAAACAGUGUUUAUAAGUGGCAACGAUAUUGUCACAAAAUGUAAUACCACAAUGUGUAUUUGCAAUUUCUUUAAUAAAUUAUUAUGAAAAGAUCA